UAAAGCAUUUUUGUCUCUUACGCCAUUGCACUCGUGACCAUCAUUGGGCUGUAUCGUCUUUUAUCUGCUGCGGCAAGCUAUCACACUGGGCACACUGACGCGAGGAAGCAACGAUCUUCGCUAUGUUGCGAUACGAAUUUCUGUUUCUUCUUCUGUCACUGGCGUUCGUGGAAUUUUUAGUCUCCGGCGAUGCGGCACGCAUACCACGAACUACGUUAGACGCAGCAGCCACCAAGAAAUGUGGCUAUGAGGCGUGCCAUGCCAUAGAUCCGAAAAAACUUAACAUUCACAUGGUCUCACAUACUCACGACGAUGUUGGUUGGUUGAAGACUGUGGAUCAGUAUUACUUUGGAAGUCGCUCUACAAUACAAAAGGCCGGUGUGCAGUAUAUUCUUGACAGUGUCAUCAAAGCACUGUUAGCUGAUCCAAGUAGAAGAUUUAUUUACGUGGAAACCGCUUUCUUCUGGAAAUGGUGGUUACGGCAAGAUGAUAAGGUUCGCAAUGACGUCAAAAUGCUAGUCAAUGAAGGGCGAUUGGAAUUCAUCGGAGGAGCAUGGAGCAUGAAUGACGAAGCUUGUACUCAUUAUCAUUCAUUAGUAGAUCAAUUUACAUGGGGAUUCAGGCGGCUCAACGAUACAUUCGGAAGCUGUGCCAGACCGCACAUUGGAUGGCAAAUAGAUCCCUUUGGUCAUUCCAGAGAACAGGCUUCUCUGUUUGCGCAGAUGGGAUUUGACGGAAUGCUGUUUGGUCGUAUCGAUUAUCAGGAUAAAAGUACGAGAUUGAAUAAUCAAACGAUGGAAUUUAUUUGGAAGAGCAGUCCAAGUUUAGGCAAACGAGCGAAUUUGUUCACGACCGCGAUGUUCAACAAUUACAGUCCACCACCAGGAUUUUGCUUCGACGUUUUAUGCGCUGACGAACCAAUGAUUGAUGAUCCCGAUAGCCCAGACUACAACAUUGACAGAAAGAUCGAUGAUUUUCUGAGAUACGCGGUUACGCAAGCUAAUUAUUACCGCACAAAUCAUAUCAUAUUGACGAUGGGAGGAGAUUUCACUUAUCAGCACGCGGAAAUGUACUUCAUGAAUCUGGACAAGCUGAUAAGAUACACAAAUAAACGCAAUGGUUCUAUGGUAAAUGUAAUUUAUUCAACACCCUCGUGCUACUUGAAAGCCCUGAAUGAUUUGAAUCUCCAAUGGCCUACCAAGAGCGAUGACUUCUUCCCAUAUGCCAGCGAUCCUCACUCUUUCUGGACUGGUUAUUUCUCGUCGAGACCAACCGUGAAAUACUUAGAGCGCGAAGGAAACAACCUGUUGCAAGCAAGCAAACAACUUGUUGCCCUGACGAACUUAAAGAAAUAUGACAAGCCAUUGGAACAUUUCCGCGAAGCAAUGGGAGUGAUGCAGCAUCACGAUGCCGUUACCGGCACCGAAAAACAAUUAGUCGCGGACGAUUAUUCUCGUAUAUUGUCUGAGAGUAUGGAUCACGCCGAAGAAAUAAUCUCGAAAGCCAUAGAGAAGUGGUCAGGAAUAGCAAAUAGUACAGCGACGUCCUUUAAGAUAUUCACAUGUUUGGAAUUAAACAUUAGCUCAUGUUCGUUUUCCGAGCAAAAUGACAUGUUUAUGGUUGUGGUAUACAAUCCUCUAAGUAGGCCUGUUUCUACUUACGUUCGUGUUCCUGUUCAAGGAAAUUCUUAUGUUGUUCGAUCACUAACUGACGGAGUGUAUCCAACCGCACAGAUAGUGCCGAUUCCUCAAACAGUUCAGAAAAUUCCAGGAAGAAAGAGCAAUGCGAUAAACGAAGUCGUUUUCCGCGCUUUAAACAUCCCUCCUCUCGGUAUACUGACUUAUGCCAUCGCUAAAAAGACACAGGAACAAGUUGUUGAACAACCUCAACUAGUCAACUUUAUAAGUAAUGAGCUGUAUAAUAUAUCCGUCGAAACCAACGGUAACUUGGCAGUACGCUGGAAUAAGCAGAAUAUGAGAGUCGUGCAAUCCUUCCAUUACUACAUCGGGGCAGAGGGUAAUAACGAGGUCUUCGCUAAUAGGUCAUCCGGCGCGUAUAUCUUCAGACCUAAAGAAACAUCGGCCAGGAAUUUCGCGUACAGCGGAUCGUAUAAAAUAUACAAAGGUCCUGUCGUGGAAGAACUCCAGCAUAAAAUAAACGAAUGGAUUAGUCAAGUUGUUCGAGUUUAUCCAGAAGAAGAGCACGUCGAAUUUGAAUGGCUCGUUGGACCGAUACCUAUCAAGGAUAAGAUUGGCAAAGAGAUACUUACGAGAUAUUCAAGCAACUUGCAAACAGAUAAAACAUUUUACACGGAUAGCAAUGGAAGAGAAAUGUUAAAACGUGUGAGAAAUUAUCGUUCAACGUGGAAUUUGGAUUUGAAGGAACCGAUAUCUGGAAAUUAUUAUCCGGUGACCAGUAAAAUUGCACUCAAGGAUGAAAACAAGCAAUUGAAGCUAAAUGUCCUUGUCGAUCGUGCCCAAGGUGGAAGCAGUUUGCAAGAUGGUGCCGUUGAAUUGAUGCUUCAUCGACGACUUUUGAAAGACGAUGCAUUUGGUGUGGCUGAGGCAUUGAAUGAAACUGCUUUCGGCGAAGGUUUGGUAGUGAGAGGCACGCACUAUCUAUUUGGAGGUAAAUUGAAGAACACGGAUGAAUUUGUAUUGAAGGAAAAAGAAUUGGCGCUUAAGCUAGCCCUACAUCCAUGGAUCUUAGGCGCUUCCGUUAACUUAAGCAAUAUUGAAAACGUAUGUGCUGUACUCAAAAAUUUUACAUCUGGUCUUAAUAAAGCAUUGCCACCGAAUGUGCACAUUCUUACCUUAGAACCGUGGAAAGAUGACACGAUUCUAUUGAGAUUGGAGCAUCUCUUUGAAGUCGGUGAGGCUCAGCGGCUAUCUCAGCCAGUAGAAAUUGACAUUCAGAAUCUAUUUUCAAUGUUCUCAAUUGAAUCGAUCAAAGAGACCACAUUAGGGGCUAAUCAGUUAUUGAGCGAAAAUAAACCUAUGCAAUGGAAACUAGAAACGAAUGAUGUUAUCCAGGAUGAAGAAGUAAGCUGCAAACAAGCAGAAUGUUCAUUACCGGAGGUUCAUGAUAAUAUAAUCAAUAUUCUCUUGAAACCGAUGGAAAUACGGACAUUUAUUCUCAAAGUGAAGCGAAUACCUCUAUAAAAUGUCAAAGCAUUUUAUUUCUACAAGAAUAAUUUUUUUCAUAAAAAUAAAGUUACUUUAUUGUCUGUCCUAUUAAUGUGAGAUAUAAUUACAUAAUGCAAAACUAUAAUAUAAAACUAUGUUACUUUGUAAAAGAAAACCACAAUAAACCAUAUUCUUUUUAUAAGAAGGCCAUAAGCUUGAUUGAAUCGACUGAAGCUGCUGAAAUUUAUGCUGAAAAGAAUACAAAUCUAAUAUGACGUUUAA